CCCAAUUGUUGUCAAAGAAGCUUCGAACCAUCAUUACACCAAUUUAUUAUCCAUCCGCUUCGUCUUAUAUUUAUCUUUACUUAUUACUUGAUCGUCCACCAUGCCAGCUUCCGUUGAUAAACCGCCAUUUCAACUUAACGGCAAUUCAGAACGCCGUUCAUGGAUAACAGAUGUUGCACAUUUCCCACAUCGACCUUCUUUGGCUGAUAUAAGAGAAUUAGAAUUUGACUUCUGUCGAGAUUUUGCGUGCUGCGGCCAGACAUUGGGAGACCUACAUGAUCUGUUAGAACAUUACGAAGAAUGCCAUGUACGAUUUGAAGAAGAAGAGACUGUACCUAUGGAAUUAACAGAAGAUGCCUCUGUGGAUGAUGUUCUUGUUAGUGAGGAUUUAGAUCUCACUAUGGUGAUGCCACCCCUUGUCGGAAUGAAACGAGUCAACUUGUCCGAUAAGGAAGAAUCCCUACCCAUUUGCCCCAGUACCAUUUCCAAUACUGACGGACGGGGCCACAAACGUCAACGUAGUGUACCACCAGAGAGCCCUCGACCCCAUCUUACCAUUGAGACCAUGAACUUGCCAACCUCGUUUUCGGCUGUCACUACUCCUACCGCCUUAGGAGAAGACUUUCUAGCUCACGCAGGAUUAGUGGAUGCUAGCUCUGCUUUGGCGUCAUUCGCUACCCAAGAUGUCAACGCAAACAAACCCUUCCGGUGCUCCGUUCCAGGUUGCGAUAAGGCAUAUAAAAACCCUAACGGGCUCAAGUAUCACAACUUACAUGGCCAUCACGGGAACAAUGAAAGUGACACUGAAAAGAAGCUCCAACGGCCAUUUGAAUGUACUAUUGGCUCGUGCAACAAGCGAUAUAAAAAUCUCAAUGGUCUCAAAUAUCAUGUUGAACACUCUCAUUUGAUGAUCAUCAACAGCCAUUUGAACCACCUGGUGCCUCGACCAAGUGCCAGUCCUAGAUCUAGCUGCAGCCCGUGAAUAUAAGAGAACGAUUGAGUAAAGAUUUUGUACACAUUUGUAAAUUUUACCUUC